CCUUUAAAUAUGCGCUCAGCUGGAUCGAUGUGAACACGCUGCGAUCCAAAGAGUAGGACGAUGGCCACAUGAUGUUCCGGGACUGGUAGAGAAUGCCAAUUGGCACAAAUUUGUGUGCCAUCCAUAAUAUCGGACAUUCUUUUUAUUUCAUUCGAGCUGACAGUGAAUGCUGUGAUCCAUGAGGAUAGAGGCAGGCGGCUCUCCGGAACCACGACGGACUCUCUCUGCUCAUCCUUCCGAGAACCAGGACAGCGAUGUAACCCGAAGUCCGGCUGCACCGAAUAAACCGCUUGUGUAUGACCAGUGAGUGAACAUGCCGUCGCGGAUGUGGAGUGUCGGUUUGCUGAUGUGGUUCGCACUCUGCGGGUUCAUUUACAUUUAGGGGAUUUUCCUGACGCUUUAAUCCAAAGCGACCUACAACCAUUCAUUCACACAGCGACGGCGGAGUCAAUCACGCAGGGCGACAGCACAGCUCAUCAGGGUGAGUUGUCUUGCUCAGGACCACCUCGACACCGAGCCAGGAGUAGCCGGGGAUCGAACUAGCAACCUUCAAGUUACCAGUCAACCCGUUCGACCUCCUGAGCUACUGUCGCACCGGGCCAUGUGAUUGAACGGGGACCCGCCAUCCAUCCCGACGGAGCGGCUCACGAUGCCCAGGGCUCUACGGAGGCUGGUUCACUUUAUGGUGUUCUGCCCUCUGUCGAAGGGCUUUCAGAGUCGCCUCCCAGCCAUAAAGGUGAAGUACCUGCUGUUGGCAUGGCUAUGCAUCCUGGGGGCCAGCUGGGUGGUCUACAUGCAGUACGCCUCCUACACUGAGCUCUGCCGUGGACACGUCUGUCAUGUGGUCAUCUGUGAUCACUACAGGAGAGGAAUCAUCUCUGGGUCAGCCUGCAAGGCCCUGUGUGACCAGAGGACUCUGACCCUGCAGAGGUGCCUGUCCACAUCCCCUGCUUACCAGGUGUACGAUGGCCAGUGGAAGGACCGGCCCGUGGUGAUCAAGUGUGGGCUGCAGGAGAGCCUGAAGGCGGAGGGGGCUCCGGACCCAGGACUCAGACCGGAGACCAGCCUGUUUGACAAGCCCACCCGCGGGACGUCCAUGGACGAGUUCAGGGAGAUGCUCCAUAGCUUCUUCAAGUCCAACCUGGGUGACCAGCCGUCCCUCAACGCUCUGGUGGAGCGGGUCAUCACACUGGCCGACGUCACCCGGGACGGCAAGGUGUCACUGGCCGAGGCCAAGUCGGUGUGGGCCCUACUGCAGAUCAACGAGUUUCUCCUGAUGCUAGCGCUGCAAGAGAAGGAGCACACCCCCAAGCUGCUGGGCUUCUGCGGGGACCUCUACGUGACGGAGCGCGUGGCCCACAGCGCCCUCUACCGGCUGGACGUCCCCAGCUACCUGCGGCCCCUUGUCCCCGAGGUGGUGAGCUCCGGCCUCAACCGUUGGCUGGCCCCGGCCUGGCCCCGCCGCGCCCGCAUCACCAUCGGCCUGCUGGAGUUCGUGGAGGAGAUAUUCCACGGCGCCUACGGCAGCUUCCUGAUGUGCGACGCCAGCCCACGGCAGGUGGGUUACAACGGCCGGUACGACUGCCGCAUGGCCGACCUGCGCAGCGUGGCGUCCGAGGCCACGGUGCGGGGGUACCUGCGCGGGCGGCGCUGCGAGACCAACGUCGACUGCACGUACGGCCGCGACUGCACCGCCACAUGCGACCGGCUGGCCAAGCAGUGCAACCUGGAGGUGGUGCGGCCCAACCUGGCCAAGGUGUGCACACUGCUGCAGGACUUCCUGCUGUCCGGGGCACCAGCAGAGCUGCGGCCGGACCUGGAGAAGCAGCUGCGCACCUGCGUGACGCUCAGCGGCCUGGCCAGUCAGAUGGAGGUCCACCACUCGCUGGUGCUCAACAACCUGAAGACCCUGCUGUGGAAGAAGAUCUCCAACACGCAGUACUCGUAAGACACACGGCAGCAGAGGGGUGGGGUUAGGGGCUGGGAGAAGAGACGUGGUCCUGUAGGACCGAGAGGAAGCACUGCAAGUUUUUUUUGCAGCAGGGUGUGACCCACUAACGUUUGUCAGUGGGAUUUUUCUGGUUGCCAAUGGUCCAUUAUCGGUUUUUACACAAGACUAUGAAUUAGAUGAAACUGUGAAUUUAUUAAAUAAAAGCAGAAGCCUCUUUCAAAUGUG